AUUGUUCCAAACAGCAACGGCUAAUGUGGUUUUAGACUUUAUUGUUAUUUUUAAUUUAAAAAAAGUAAAAUAAGAAAAUAAAAUAAAAUUAAUACUUUUAUAUUAUAAAAUAAAUUUUAGUUAAGCUGUUAAGUACAUAUUUAAAUUUUAAAAUGUCACAAAUUUCUACUCCUGUUGGAAAUAUUUUAGAUGGUAAAAUAGAUCCUAUGGAUGUUAUAAUGGACAAUAACAUUGGGGAAACUAUUGCUAGUGGAUCAUCUGUUACAAUAAUCCCUAAUGGUUUAAAAAAUGGCACUGUUACUGUUGGUGAGAUGACAUCAAUGGAUUAUUAUUUUGAUUCUUAUGCACACUUUGGCAUACAUGAAGAAAUGCUUAAAGAUGAAGUUCGGACACUCACCUAUAGAAAUUCAAUGUAUUAUAAUAAACAUUUAUUUAAGGAUAAAAUUGUGUUAGACAUAGGCUGUGGAACUGGUAUAUUGUCUAUGUUUGCUGCUAAAGCUGGAGCUGCUAGAGUAUUUGGCAUUGAAUGUUCUAAUAUUGUUGAUUAUGCAAAACAAAUUGUUGCUGAUAACAACUUAAGCCAUAUUGUGACGAUUAUUAAAGGAAAAGUUGAAGAAAUAGAAUUACCCGAUGGAAUCACCAAAGUAGAUAUAAUUAUAUCUGAAUGGAUGGGCUAUUGUCUGUUUUACGAAUCUAUGUUAGAUACUGUACUUUAUGCUAGAGACAAAUGGCUGAAAGAAGAUGGUAUGUUAUUCCCAGAUAGAGCCAAUUUAUUUAUAACUGGUAUUGAAGAUAGACAAUAUAAAGAUGAUAAAAUAAAUUGGUGGGAAAAUGUUUAUGGAUUUAAUAUGAGUGCCAUACGUAAUGUUGCAAUUAGUGAACCUUUAGUUGAUUGUGUUGAACCAAAACAAGUAGUAACAAAUUCAAGUUUAUUAAAAGAAGUUGAUUUGUAUACUGUUAAGAAAGAAGAUUUGACCUUUACCGCCCCUUUUAAUCUUCAAGUACGUCGUCAAGACUACAUUCAUGCAUUUGUUACAUAUUUCACUAUUGAAUUUAGCAAAUGUCAUAAACGAAUUGGUUUUUCUACUGCUCCAGAAGCUCCUUACACACAUUGGAAACAAACAGUAUUUUACUUAGAUAACUACUUAACAGUGAAAAGAAAUGAUGAAGUUUAUGGAACAUUUUCUAUGUCACCAAAUGAACGUAAUACUAGAGAUCUGGACUUUGUGAUUGAUGUUGAUUUUAAAAAUGAUGUGAAUGACGUCACUGAAUCAAAUAAAUAUCGUAUGCGCUAAUUAAAAAAAAAAAAAAAAUUUAAAUACAUUAAAAAAAACAUUUUAUUGAAGAUCAAAAAUACUUUUUGAAGUAAUUAAUUAUUUUAAAAUUAUCUUAUUAUCCUCUCUAAUGAAUUCUUUAAUUUAAUUGUUCCCAUCAUUAAGAAAAAAAACAUUUUACUAGUCUUAACGUACCAUACAUAAUAUAACUUGUUAAAAAAACUUGGCAUCUUUUUCUUGUAAUAUUUAGAGUGAUUACUAUUGUAGAAAUAAGAUUUGUAAAUAAUUUUUGGUUUUUAUAAUUGAU